GAAGACCAAUAAAUGUGAGAUGGAAUCCACAGCAUGUAAUGUGCAGUCUGACUCCCCCUGUCCACAAUCUUACAAUACCUAUGUCUGGCUUCUGACACAAGCAUGCCACAAUUUAUUCUUAAUGAGUUGACAACAUUUAUGGAUGACAGAGAAUCAAUUACAAUUAAAGUGUCAACCUUAGAUACAUGGACGCAUUUGAGUGCAAGGAGUAUGGCAAACAGUUCUGUUUGAAGGGUAGAGGCCCGUUUAUUGAUGCGUGCUCCAAUUUCUUUAUGAGAGCCAUCACUCUGUAUGACAACAGCAGCACUAUCAGCUGCACCAGUGGACUGGUGAACAGAACCAUCAACGUAAAUAAUUUGUGACUGUUCUGUGUGACUAAAUUAUCAAUACAGCCGAAUUAAGGUAUGCUGAUUGGCUCCAGUGUUAAUAAAUCAAGGACCCCAAUGUACAAUGAUCUGAUACUAUAUUUAAUGUCAAUUCAAGCUCGAGUCUGCGUAAGCUGUGAGUGACCCGGAUAAACCCAACAAAGAAAAGAACAAAUCACCAGUUGAAACCUAUAAGUACCCAACAACAAAGAAAAGAAAAAGAAGAAAGAACCUGUAAGUAAAAAUCUGUCAGUGACCCUGAUAAACCCAAGAAAGCAUAAGAACCUCUGAGUAAACUGAACGUAUCUUGAGAAAGAAGAAUAAUAUACAAGAAUAUUACACACGAACGAAGGACCACAUUGAUUGCUAAAGAUAAUGGCAACUGACAGAGAUAAGGACAAAUCACAGUUCAUGGUGGGAACAUGCCUUGGAAUGUGUCCUUAUGCAGAAGUUCGACUUCGGCAACGAGAACGGCUGAUUCAUCCUUUGGAAAUGGCUGUUAAUUCCAAUGGUAAUCAGCUGAAUUACGUCCAGCCUAGGGCAAUGGUUAAGGAAUUUUCACGUUCGGCAGCUGGUACUGAAAUUAAGGCAUCUGAUAUUCGCCCUGUACCUGUGUUGGUAAAAACGAUGAAAUAUUUGUUAACUACGAAAGAGGAGCAUAAAUUAAGAACAUAAGAACAUAAGAAAGGAGGAACACUGCAGGAGGCCUGCUGGCCCAUACUAGGCAGGUCCUUUACAAUUCAUCCCACUAACAAAACAUUUACCCAACCCGAUUUUCAAUGCUACCCAAGAAAUAAGCUCUGAUGUGAAAGUCCCACUCAAAUCCAACCCUUCCCACUCAUGUACUUAUCCAACCUAGAUUUGAAACUACCCAAAGU